ACAACAUCCACGAAUUUCAACGAACUUCAACGCUGUCCUCUCGAAUUAUCCUUCUUUCAAUCUUCCGCAAACCCACAAUCAUUCAAGAUGCCUAGCGCUGUUGGUCGGGACUGGGAGAAACACAAAAAGGAUUUCGCGGACGAUGAGAUAGAAGAGAAGAAGAUCACGCCUCUCACCGAUGAGGAUAUCCAAGUGCUGAAGACAUAUGGCGCGGCACCAUAUGCUUCAGGGAUCAAGAAGCUCGAGCAGCAAAUCAAGGAGAAGCAGAACAGCGUGAAUGAGAAGAUUGGAGUCAAGGAAUCAGAUACUGGACUAGCACCACCUCAUCUCUGGGAUGUUGCUGCCGAUAGACAACGAAUGUCCGAAGAGCAACCUCUCCAAGUCGCACGAUGCACAAAGAUCAUUGCAGACGACAAAGAUGCCGAGAAGAGCAAAUAUGUGAUCAACGUUAAGCAAAUAGCCAAAUUCGUGGUCAAUCUUGGGGAGCGUGUCAGUCCUACGGAUAUCGAGGAGGGUAUGAGAGUUGGUGUCGAUCGAAACAAGUAUCAGAUCCUCCUCCCAUUACCUCCCAAGAUCGAUGCCAGUGUUACAAUGAUGACGGUCGAGGAGAAGCCUGAUGUUACGUACGGUGACGUUGGAGGAUGCAAGGAACAGGUUGAGAAGCUACGGGAGGUUGUUGAAAUGCCACUAUUAUCACCAGAACGAUUCGUAAAUCUCGGUAUCGACCCACCAAAGGGUGCUUUGCUGUACGGCCCUCCCGGAACUGGAAAGACUCUCUGCGCCAGAGCUGUCGCCAACCGAACAGACGCGACAUUCAUUCGAGUUAUUGGUAGCGAGCUGGUACAGAAGUACGUUGGAGAGGGAGCAAGGAUGGUACGAGAACUUUUUGAGAUGGCACGAACGAAGAAGGCAUGUAUCAUUUUCUUCGACGAAAUUGAUGCCAUUGGAGGUGCUCGUUUCGAUGAUGGUGCUGGAGGAGACAAUGAAGUGCAGAGAACUAUGUUGGAGCUGAUUACUCAACUGGACGGUUUCGAUGCACGAGGAAAUAUCAAGGUCAUGUUCGCCACCAACAGACCUUCGACCUUGGAUCCUGCUUUGAUGAGACCGGGACGUAUCGACCGAAAGAUCGAAUUCUCCCUGCCAGAUCUCGAGGGACGUGCGAACAUCCUGCGAAUCCACGCCAAGAGCAUGUCUGUCGAACGUGAUAUCAGAUGGGAGCUGAUUUCACGUCUUUGCCCUAACUCGACUGGUGCUGAGUUGAGAAGUGUGUGCACAGAAGCUGGUAUGUUCGCCAUUCGAGCACGAAGAAAGGUUGCUACCGAGAAGGACUUCUUGAGUGCGGUAGACAAGGUCAUUAAGGGGAACUUGAAGUUCAACUCUACUGCUACUUACAUGCAAUACAACUAGACGUCUAAGAUGGACUGGCAGGAUGUACACUAGCAGGCGUAGGUGUUUCAGGUAGCAUAAUGAAUUAGAGGCACGCUUUUGCCUUCAUAAUUAUCUAGGGAUGGUGAUCUGCUUCUUGAGAUCGCGAACUUAAUGUGGCAACUUCCAAUUACACCUAUUCAUACAUAACCGUGUCAAGCAUUUCCACCUAGUGGCAGUUUCAAAUGUGGUUCAACUAUUUUUGGGCACCGGCGAUGGAAGCUGGACCAGCAGAAGAUCCUCAAACUGUCAGUCACCAGCAUCUCUCUCUGUGUUUCAAGCAGCAUACUGAACGAGACAUACAUUUCAG